CACGAGUCAUCGGGGAAAUGGCGUACCUUCCGUCGUCUGGACAAGUCAGACUGUCUACUCUCACCUUCCUCGGAGACCGCAGGGACAUACUGGUCUCCCCACACCACCUCCUCCCUCUCCAGGACAGAGGCAUACUACGGGGAGUAGAGGUCGUAGGCCACAGCAGGAUUUUCAGUUGAUGUCUUAGGAAAUGAGUUUCAAACAAACUUUGUUGUUUUCAUGAACAAAAGAUAAAAAAAGAGACAAACUGAGGGGGGAACAGAAAAUGAAAGAGAGAAAAAGAGGCCUAUGCCAUAUACUGCUUGAGUCUACUCUGGAUGUUGACAGGGAGAGGGAGCUCUCUGACAGAUGACUGCGAUCUUACCCACAGAGCUAUCUUUCGUAAGCAGAUGUCUUGUAGUCGAAUGUCUACAUAUAUCACUGCAUUAGGAGUGGAGAUGAAUAAGUGUAAUUUGAAUGACUUGUAAAGCAUACCUGAUCUGGUGAUGCGUGUGGCCUUGCAGUUGGCGUAGUGGUCCACCACUGCAUACACGUCGUAGCCCUUCUGGUACAGGUUCUCUGCAGCCACUCCCUGGUGUCUCCCGUUCACAAAGAACUCGAGAGUUCCGUCAUGGCUGACUCUCAUACCCAGUCUGUCGCCAGCUCUCAACUCGUCCAGGUUGAUCUCUCCAUAAUGCUGCUCCGUGAAACAGUCUGUCAGUCUGUUGUGAAGUUUAUCAGAGCUCCACACGCAGUGGUGCGUUCCUUCGGGCGAGUAACGGGGAAUGUUCUUGUCCGUCACGCAGCUACCAGUCUUGCACCGCAUGACUCCCAGUUUCAGAGUCCCCGACCACCCUGUGCCGUAUGAGACCAGCUCCACCUCAAACUCGGCCGUCCCUCUCAAUGGCCUCUCUCCGUACACCACUCCAUAGGCGUAGGUGGCGCUGGGGUCACGUUUGGCAGCGGAGCGACGGUCGUCAGAUAUCUGAGGGGAGAGCAGACGGGAAGGUAACCGAACUGCACUUCGGCUGGAAGAAGAAACGUCUUCUCUUCCAACUCCUGCUCCUCAGACAUUUUGGCUGCUGUGCAAACUUUCUUUUUCGUAUAAUUAGAUCAGACACGCCCCUUUGAACGCGCCGCAUGCGCAUUUCGCCAAAACAACCGCCUAUAUCAAAACAAAUUCCUCUUCAGUUGAUCUUGUUGCAAAAGAAGACGUCUCACCUUUCAUUUGAUGAUUCUCUCUCGGUCGAAACCCGCGCAGCCAGCGGGUUCUGAGGGUGCUGGAGCCUCAGCAGCCAAAGAGAAGAAAAAGAAGCGGCUGCCGAAGUUGGAGGACUUUGUGCAGGCACGCGACUACGUGGGCGCCAUCACUCUCCUGGAGUUUCUCCGGAGCACGGAGCGAGGGAGUGGCGGGGACACGGCUCUCUGGCUCGCCUACUGCUGUUUCCAUAACGGAGACUACGCCAGAGCUCGGAAGGAGUAUGAGUCGCUGAGUGAGGGAGAGAGCUGUCAUCCUGACGUGUGGAGCAACCUUGCCUGCUGCUACUUUAUGCUGGGGAUGUACCCCGAGGCCGAGACCGUUAUUCAGAAAGCUCCGAAGAGCUUUCUGCAGAACAGAUUACAGUUCCACUUGUCUCACAAGUUUGGUGAUGAGAAGAAGCUAAUGGUACACCACCAGGCACUACAGAACAAGAUAGAGGACCAGCUGAGUCUAGCUGCCAUCCACUACCUCAGAACACACUACCAAGAGGCCAUUGACAUUUACAAGAAGAUUCUCCUGGACAAUCGCGACAUGUUGGCUCUCAAUGUCUACCUGGCCAUGUGCUACCACAAACUGGACUACUACGACGUGUCUCAGGAGGUCCUGGCAGGUUACGUACAGCAGCACCCUGAUAGUGUAGUGGCCAACAACCUCAAGGCCUGCAACUACUACAAACUCUACAAUGGCAAAGCUGCUGAGGCAGAGCUAAAGGUGCUGAUGGAUACAACAUCUCCUUCUUUCAGUUUUGCCAGAGACCUUCUCAGACACAACCUGGUGAUCUUCAGAGGAGGUGAGGGAGCUCUGCAGGUCUUGCCUCCUCUGUUGGGAGUUGUGGGAGAGGCCAGACUCAACCUCGCCAUCUACCACCUCAAACAAGGUAAUAUUGAAGAGGCCUAUAAACUAAUAAAGGAUGUGGAGCCAAGCAGUCCUCAGGAGUACGUACUGAAGGCUGUGGCUAACACUUUCAUUGGCCAGGAACAAGGCUGUCCUGAAAACGUGAGACUGGCACAGCAGUACUUCCAACUGGUUGGCAGUUCAGCCAGCGAAUGCGACACCAUCCCAGGCAGACAAGCCAUGGCUUCAUGUUUCUUCCUUCUCCGACAGUUUGAAGACGUUCUUGUCUACCUCACCUCCAUCAAGAGCUAUUUCUUCAACAACGAUGAGUUCAAUGUCAACUACGCACAGGCCAAGGCAGCCACCGGCUCCUACACCGAGGCUGAAGAUGUGUUUCUCCUCAUAAACUCUGAGGCCAUUCGCAAUGACUACAUCUACCUCAGCUGGCUUACCAGAUGCUUCAUCAUGAACAGCAAGCCUCAGCAGGCCUGGGAGCUGUACCUGAAGAUGGAGACCUCAGCUGACUCCUUCAAUCUCCUCCAGGUUAUCGCAAACGACUGCUACAAGAUGGGCCAGUUCUUCUAUGCUGCCAAGGCCUUUGACGUACUGGAGCGACUGGACCCUAGCCCUGAGUUCUGGGAGGGGAAGAGAGGUGCAUGUGUCGGCGUCUUCCAGCUGGUGGUGGCUGGCCAGGAACCAAAGGAGUCACUGAGAGAGAUUGUUGCUAUCCUACGCAACACUGCCCAGCCUCAGGCUGAGCUGAUUGUCCUCGCCAUCAGGAAAUGGGCCAGAGAUAGCAGAAUAUCAGUAUCUGGACUAUGAAAUUGGCAAUUUUCUCAUUGUCACAUACUCUGUACAACAUUCUCAUAAGUUACAUCAUCACAAAACUCUCAAACAUGAAAGUCAGAUGACAGCUGCUAGGUGAAGACAGGACUCAUCUCUUCUUGCCAGGUAGCAGGAUCCCUUCAUACUUCUGCUGAAACCACUUCAUCGCCUCAUCUUUGGUGGUCUUGUGGCUGAACCCUAUCGACCCUUUCUUCCUCUUCCGAUACGCCACUCGGUUGCCGGGGCGACCAAGAACAAUGUAGAAAUCCAUGCCAUAGAUGCCAAUGGAAGGAUCGUACUUUAUCCCCAGAUCGAUGUGCUCCUGGAUGCCAAACCCAAAGUUCCCCGUGUCCGAGAAGUUGUCUUUCCUCAGCUCAUACUCCUUGACCUUCAGCCCCUUCUCCAAGAUCUCCUCUGCCUUGGGACCCCUCACUGUGCAGUGGACUGCAAUCUUCUCGUUUCGACGGAUUCCAAACGAACGCACAGUGAACCUCGCUGAGAGAAAGGUUCAUGUGAUCCCAAUUAACGCCCAGUUCCCCUUACCUUUAGAGAAGACAGGCGUCUGUCCAGUGAGCGCCUCGAGUACUUUGGCGGCUCUCGUGAGUCUGUCUCCGCUCUCUCCCACACAGAUGUUGAGGCACAGUUUCUGUAUCUGGAGCUCCCGCAUGGGGUUAGUCUGAGGGAACACAAAUGACAGCAGCUAUUAGCUGUGGGCGCACUACCUCCUCGCCGCGACUAACGCCGAGGAAGAUGCGUGUGGAUACAGUAAGGAACUUACAUCUCUCUUGCCCGA